AUGGAUGUGCAGCAAAGGACCGCUUGCGGCUGUUCUGCAGCUCGCGAUCGCAAGCAGCUUGCCUACAUUGCCCUCGGGAGCAAUAUGGGUGACCGAGUCGCAGAGAUUGAAAAGGCCUGUAAGGAGAUGAAUGCUCGAGGAAUCAAGGUCAAGAGGACGAGCAACCUUUGGGAGACUGAGCCCAUGUAUGUGCUAGAUCAAGAUAGAUUUGUCAAUGGAGCAUGCGAGGUUGAAACGGUACUUGAACCCUUGGCUCUAUUGGACCAAUUACAGGACAUCGAAAAUUCAAUGGGGCGCAAGAAGCUUAUCGACAAGGGACCACGGAAUAUUGAUCUUGAUGUUCUACUGUACGGGGACCGGGAGAUCGACCACGAGAGACUGAAGGUCCCGCACAUUGGCAUUCCCGAGAGGGACUUCGUCCUCCGGCCGCUUGCUGAGCUGAUCCCCACCAAAGCCAUAUACCCAGCGAAGCCCUGGAAGCUUGUUCAAGAUUUUCUCCUUGAGCUGCCUCCGUCGUCUGAGCCCUUGUCCACGCUCACUCCGAUAUCCUCGACUGUCGCACCGUUGAAUGCGUUGAAGGCUACGAGGAAAACUCAUGUCAUGGCUAUCUUGAAUGUCACGCCUGACUCCUUCUCAGACGGCGGCAUCAACACACCUUACUCGCUGAGAGACACGGUGGUCAAAUUCAUCAAAGGAGGCGCCACUAUGAUCGACAUCGGCGGACAGUCGAGUGCCCCUGGUACAGUCGAUGUCAGCGCCGAGGAGGAAAUCCGCCGCGUGGUCCCAGCCAUCGAGAUCAUCCGCAGCCUUCCGGAGUCAAAGGACGUUGCCAUCAGCGUCGAUACCUAUAGGGCAUCGGUGGCGGAGGCUGCCGUCAAGGCUGGCGCAGAUAUCAUCAAUGACAUCUCAGCCGGCCAGUUGGAUGAGGACAUGCUUGCGACCAUGGCCCGACUCGAGAAGACGGUAUGCCUCAUGCACAUGCGCGGAAACCCGAGUACUAUGAGCAAGCUGAACGAUUAUCCCGAUGGUCUGAUACCGACCAUUGCCAAGGAACUCCUCGAGAGAGUAGCGGAAGCAGAAGCUGCCGGUAUUCGAAAGUGGCGCAUCAUCCUCGACCCGGGCCUGGGCUUUUCCAAGGUCGGAGAACAAAACCUUCACGUCCUACGACACUUUGACGAGCUACGGAACUGGCCUGGCCUGGAGGGCUUCCCCUGGUUACUAGGCUCGAGUCGCAAGAGCUUCAUUGGCAAGGUCACCGGAGUUCCGAGGCCAAUGGACCGGAUCUUUGGGACUGCCACCACUGUCGUGGCGGCUGUGCAGAGUGGUGCCGAUAUCGUGAGAGUCCACGAUGUCGUGGAGAUGGGCCAGGUGGUCAAGAUGGCUGACGCCAUUUGGAGGUAUUGA